CGGUGCCCCAGAGAGACCCUCCACACACCGAGGGCACCGGGAAACGGGGGGGAGAACCUGGGGGGAGGGGGAGGGGCGCCCCUGAUCACCCACCUCUCCCUCCAGAGUGCCCUCCGGCCCAGCCAUGAAGCUCCUCCUGUCGCUCUCGGUCCUGGCGGUGGCUCUGCUGAUGGUUUUGGAAGGCCCAGCUCCGGCCCAGGCCAACUCCAGCAUCCAGGAAAACCUGAGGACGUUUGGGACGACGGUGAAGGAGAAGACUGGGAAAAGCGACGAGAUCCCUGCGGUCACACAGCUGGACCUCAGGGUGCUCAGACAUGGGGGGCCGGUUUCCUGA